ACAAGAACUCUACACACCCUUUUUACUUUUUGUUUUGCUAGCUCGAUUUAGAAAUUGACAGCUGUGAUUGUAAUACUUCAGAAUUUAUGUGCCGUAUAAUACUUUCUGCCUCGCUAUUGCAUAUAGUAUUUAAUUGUUUCGUUUAAUAAUAAAAAAAGGUGAUAAUUCAACAUAGUUGAAAAUUAUUGACAUAAAAAUGUCUAAUUCAGUUGAAAUUGCACCUAUGAGAAGUCUGGAUGAUUUCUUAUUGGAAUCAGCAAGAUUUCAGAUACCUAAUGUCAAAGACAUGGAUAAAUGGGCAAAUCGAGUGUGCAAUAAUUUACUCUACUACCAGACAAAUUACUUUUUUAUGUCUGUAAUUGUUUUUCUUAUUGUUGGACUUAUUCAUCCUGCUAAAAUGCUUUGUGGCAUUGCAGCAAUGCUCGCAGCCUUCGGAUUAUUCUGCUAUGUGACUAACUCAAAAAGAACUGCAGCAAAAUUCAAACGAGAUCACCCUGUAGUCAGUCUUCUAGUGAUUUUUUCUGGAGGUUAUUUUGUGGUCUAUAUGCUUGGAUCGGUCCUAAUUUUUCUGUUUGGAAUCAUGCUGCCUGUUCUUUUGAUAUUCAUUCAUUCCUCGAUGCGGUUGAGAAAUAUCCGAAACAAGGUCAUCAAUAAAAUUGAAACAAUUGGUUUGAAAAAGACCCCGAUGGGUCUUUUUUUAGAAGCGCUUGGGCAAGAACAUUCUAUUAUCACCUAAAAUGCUGUGCUGAAUCAUUUCAAUUUGCUGUGAAAACCCUCUUUGUGAAAUAUUCGAGUAUCAAAAUGUAAAAUAUAUAUGUGUGUUUGUAAAUUGAAGCUAAAAAGUCUAUCGUAGCUAUUGAUAGUGAUUUCAGAAAGCAAUGGUACCUAUAAAAAUAUUUUAUGUCAGCUGUGUUUAUUUUUGUACAGUUUUUCUGCCUAGUUAUAUUGAUUCAUUUAUAUGAAUUAAUUAAUAUCUCUAGAUUUACUGCACAAGUAAAAGUGUGAGUUUAGCGACAUAUUUUACUUUAUCGAGUUAUAAAAUGUAUCUUUGGUUUUUAAUUUAAUGUUUUGAUAGAAAUCCUAUUCUAGUUUUAGGGAUCAAUCUAAGAAAAGAAAAGAAGCGUACUUAAGUAGGCUUCGCAAAAUUUAGAAUCAUAAAAAAAAAGCCCUUCCACAAAAUUCUGAGUCUUAAGUAAGAUGCUUCACAGAAAUCCAAAUCUUAAAUAAGAACCCAUUGCAAAAAUCACAAUAUCAUAAAAAGACCUUUAAUUAAAAUCUGGGAAAUUUAAAUAGAUCUUUUACAAAGUUCUCGACUUCAAAAUGUUUCUUUCUCAUAAACAUAACAAUUUGUAUUUAUUUUUGUGGGAAUUUUCAACAAUUGCAAAUUUAAGCACUCCUGAAAAAUUUACCAAAGUAUGUGAAAUGACUUUUCUAACUACCAACAAAAGACAAAUUAAUUUUUACUAUACAUCAAUAUUUAAAUGUACAUAAAAUAGUAAAUAAAUGCGGUUUUCAUUUAGAUACAUAUUUCAUAAACUUUGAAAAAUUUAUUUUUUCACAAAUUUAAAAUUAUUUUUCCCUGAAUACCAAAAACCGAAUCAUGACAAGAAAUCUUGUUUUGACUCCUGAAUUUUCAGCCUCAACUGUCUUUAUUAUUUUUAAAAUUGUAGAUAAAGAUUAAGUCUUAUUAUUUUCUCAUUAGAUGUGGAAUAAAUUAUGUUCUCCUGAACAUAAUUUUUUUUUUUUUAAAGUGGUGUAACUAUGAUUUACAUUAAUAGCAUGUUUUUAUUUAUCAUUUUUAUUUAUCAAACAACUUAGUUUACACUAUUUUUAUUUUAACUAUAUUUAAGUAACAUAUCAGAACUUUUAUUAUUUUAAAAUAAAUAUUUAGUUCUUGUGUUCGAUGAUACUUGGUUGUGCAAUAAUUUUUAGUUUUUAAGCUGAGGGUAACUAUAUUUUGUAUUAUUUAUACUUAAUAAUACACUUUUAUUCAAAAUUUAUAGUUUUGAGUCUUUGUUUGCAACAUUUUUUUUAAACUGAACUAUGUUGCUGAUCAAAAUUUUUAUUUAAAAAUUCAAUAAAUACUGAGUAGGACUUGAUUGAUACAAUUGUGAACAAAUGCUUAUUACUAUUUUUUAAUAUGGUCUAAGGUUUAACUUUAUUCUGCUUGUUCUUGUCUUUCCACUUUUGCACUUUUUUGUAAGUUCAAGUCAAGUUUAAAAUUUAUAAUAACAUAAGACAAUGAAUUUCAGAGAAAAUAAGUAGAAUAUUCUAUAUAAGCAGAUUAGAGUUUUGAACAAAAGUGCAUAAUGCUUUUUUUGUUCAAAUUUUUUAAUUAUAUAUCAGACUUUGUUUACAACAUUUCUGUUUUCAAUACAAUUGUGUGAAAUCAAGAUUUUUAUUAUUUUUAAAAUAAUAAAUAUUGAUUGUAGAAAUCUGUGAUUGAAAUCUAUUAAAUGAAAAUGCUAUAAAUAAAGUCUGCCAUAAUAAUGGCAGACUUUAUUUAUAGCAUUUUCAUUUAUAAUACAGCUGUAUCACUUAUUAAAGUUUUAUUAUUUAUAAAAUGAAUAUUGAUUAGGGUUUGAUUUAUUUUUGACACAAUUAUGAAAAAAUAUUAUUUUUGAAUAUUGAGAUGUAACUGUUUUUUGUUUGUUCUAGUCUAUUUAAUAAUGCACUUUUGUUCAAUAUAUUUAAAUAUGAAGCUUUGUAUACCUUUUUAUUUUAAUCUCAUUUUGUAUAACACAUUCGAAUUUUAUUAUUUCUGAAAUAAGUAAAUCUCAAUUAGUUUUUGUUCUAUGAUAGAAAAAGUUUUAUCCUAAAGUAGUAUGUUUAAAUCCUUUUAAUUUAAUUUGUUAAACUCAUCUCAAUAUUUCUGUUAUUUUUAGAAUAAACUAAAUAAGUGUCAAUUUUUGUAUAGCAGAAGUUUGUUAUUAAUUUUAGGUAUUUUUUUAUAUAAUAUUUUUAAUUACUCUGAAAUCAGGCAAAAAAAAAAUGUUUCAGAAAGCCUUGUAGAGAUUAAAAUCAAGACUUUAAAGCAGCUGAAAUUAUUUUUUGUUCCUUGCUUAGUAAAAUAUGUCGUGAUAUUGAUUUAACAAUUCAAAGUAUUAUCUCAAUUUAUGUGAUUUGUACAAAAAAUGUUGAUAGAUUGGUGAUAUAUAAACUUUCAAAAAUUGA